AUGCAAGACUCAGUGGUCUUUGGAGAGUCACCUAUCAUCUCCGUCCAAAUCACAGGCAACAUCCUAUCCGGUGUCUCCACGAGCUCAAGGUCCUCCUUCUCUCCUCCAGUCUUGUUCUAGGAGGUUAUCAGCGAUGAGCACGGCAUUGAUCCAACCGGAACAUAUCAUGGAGACAGCGACCUGCAGCUAGACAGGAUCAGCGUUUACUACAAUGAGGCCACAGGUGGGAAGUAUGUUCCCCCUGCCAUCUUGGUGGACCUGGAGCCUGGCACAAUGGAUUCAGUUCGUUCAGGACCCUUUGGACAGAUAUUUAGACCUGACAACUUUGUGUUUGGUCAGAGUGGUGCUGGAAACAUCUGGGCCAAAGGUCACUACACAGAAGGAGCAGAGCUAGUGGACUCAGUAUUGGAUGUUGUUCGUAAGGAAGCAGAAAGCUGCGACUGUCUGCAAGGCUUUCAGCUCACCCACUCUCUCGGUGGAGGCACUGGCUCCGGCAUGGGCACCCUCCUCAUCAGCAAGAUCCGUGAAGAAUAUCCCGACCGCAUCAUGAACACUUUCAGCGUGGUACCCUUACCCAAGGUGUCCGACACCGUGGUGGAGCCCUACAACGCCACGCUGUCCGUCCACCAGCUGGUUGAGAACACCGACGAGACCUACUGCAUUGACAAUGAAGCUCUCUACGACAUCUGCUUCCGCACCCUUAAGCUCACCACACCAACCUACGGCGACCUCAACCAUCUCGUCUCGGCCACCAUGAGCGGCGUCACCACCUGCCUCCGCUUCCCCGGCCAGCUCAACGCCGACCUUCGCAAACUGGCAGUCAACAUGGUGCCCUUCCCCCAUCUCCACUUCUUCAUGCCCGACUUUGCUCCACUCACCAGCCGAGGCAGCCAACAGUACCGCUCGCUCUCCGUGCCCGAGCUCACGCAGCAGAUGUUCGACGCCAAGAACAUGAUGGCCACCUGCAACCCCCGUCACGGCCGCAACCUGACCGUGGCCGCUGUCUUCCGUGGACGCAUGUCCAUGAAGGAGGUGGAUGAGCAGAUGCUGAACGUCCAGAACAAGAACAGCAGCUACUUCAUCAAGUGGAUCCCCAACAACGUCAAGACCGACAUCCCACCCCGCGGGCUCAAAAUGGCAGCCACCUUCAUCGGCAACAGCACGGCCAUCCAGGAGCUCUUCAAGCGCAUUUCCGAGCAGUUCACCGCUAUGUUCAGGCGCAAGGCUUUCCUCCACUGUUACACCGGCGAGGGCAUGGACGAGAUGGAGUUCACAGAAGCCGAAAGCAACAUGAACGACCUGGUGUCUGAGUACCAGCAGUACCAGGACGCCACCGCCGAAGAGGGCGAGUUCGAAGAGGAGGGCGAGGAGGAGGUCGCCUAAAUCGCAACCAUCUGCCGAAAUAGUAUUCCUUCCGCUCCAUCCCCCACAUUUCAUCCUUCUCACCACAGACCAGUGCUCUCCAGAACAAUGAAUGGGUUUUUACAUUCAGUAUCCGUCAAUGACAGUCAUCACCCCCACCAGUGACAUUUUGAGGAAUUGUGAACUUUUGGUUUGGUUUUGUGUUUCUGAAUGUUCUGA